GGGCCCGCGCGCGCGGGCGCUGGGGAGCGGUGUCGCAGCAGCGGAGGCCGCGGGAGGAACCCGCUCCUGAGCGCUCCGUCUGCUCUCCAGCCCCGGGUGUCCGCCGCCAAGUCUCCCGGCUCGGCCCGGUCCCGGUCCGGCCUGUUGCUGCGGGAGAUGCGGCCUCCGCCGUGACUGCCUCCUACCCUCACACGGCCCACAAGGAAGGAGACGGGGACGGUGACAGCUCCCUGGUGACACCGGUGGCCGUGAUUGUUUCUUUUCUCCACCUUUUAAAGCAGCCCCUGACUGUGACAGUGUCAGCAGCCGGCAGAGCAGCCCCGGGGAGCUUCAUGUGUGCAGACCCCAACCGGACUCCUUUUCUCACUCUUUCCCUUCCCCACCUGAAGUCGGAGCGUGUUGGCACAGGAGGGGACAGAGCCAUGUCUGAUGGGGACACUUAGCACUGUGCUGGCACCGGGUGCAUCCCACCUGCCUGCUCCUUGUGCUCAGCAGUUGGGACUUGGUCAAGAAGCAAUUUCUUUGCCUUCCGUGCUGUGCUGUGAGCCCUGCACUGGCUGGAAGAGGCAGCUCGGGCCUGGCUUUUUUAAAUUCAGCUUUUGCAUAAGCACUGCCUGAGCUGGUGUCUGGUGAGCUGCCAGAUCCUGUCAUUUUUUUGAACUGUGGUGUCCAGAGAUGGGCACCCAUCCCUUUAUUUCCUUAUGGUUAGAAGACUCUCCUGAUGGGAGACUUUCAGGGAAGAGUUUUUGACAUAAGCAUUUCAGAAGUGGAACUGAAAAAAGUGUCAUCUGAAGCUCUUGGAGUAGGAGCCUCUGGAGGGACAGGAUGGCUGUGAGCAUGGAUGAUGAUGUUCCCCUCAUCCUCACCCUGGAGGACAGUGGCAGCAGUGCCUCGGCCCCUUUUGGUGACCUGGAUCAGGAGGAGCUGCCUAAUGAAAAUGGAGGGAGCUAUGAUGUUAAUAAUGAUGCAUCCAGCCCUGCUGCAGGGGACUGCUGUGCACAGCAAAGCUCUGCCCGACACAACUGGGAAAUGAACUACCAAGAGGCAGCAAUCUACCUCCAGGAAGGAGAAAACAAUGAUAAGUUCUUCACUCACCCCAAAAAUGCCAAAGCACUUGCUGCCUACCUCUUUGCACACAAUCACCUUUUCUACCUGAUGGAGCUGAGCACAGCCCUGCUUCUCCUCCUGCUGUCUCUCUGCGAGGCUCCAGCUGUUCCCAUGCUCCGUCUGGGCAUCUUUGUCCAUGCAACCCUGGAGCUCUUUGCUUUAAUUGUUGUGGUUUUUGAACUCUCAAUGAAGAUGAGGUGGCUGGGCUUCCAAACCUUUAUCAGGCACAAAAGGACUAUGGUGAAGACAUGUGUGCUGUUGGUACAGUUCAUUGAGGCCAUCGUGGUGCUGGUGCGCCAGACCUCGCACGUCCGCAUCACCAGAGCCCUGCGCUGCAUCUUCCUGGUGGACUGUCGGUACUGUGGGGCAGUCAGAAGAAAUCUGCGACAGAUCUUCCAGUCCCUCCCACCAUUUAUUGACAUUCUUCUCCUCCUGCUUUUCUUCAUGGUGAUUUUUGCCAUCCUAGGUUUUUACUUGUUUUCUCCUAACCACUCAGAUCCGUACUUCAAUACCUUAGAGAACAGCCUGGUGAAUCUCUUUGUACUUUUGACCACUUCAAAUUUUCCUGAUGUGAUGAUGCCAUCCUAUGCCCGGAACCCCUGGUCCUGUGUCUUCUUCAUCGUGUACCUCUCCAUUGAGCUGUACUUCAUCAUGAACUUGCUUCUGGCUGUCGUGUUUGACACUUUCAAUGACAUUGAGAAGAAGAAGUUUAAGUCCCUGCUGCUGCACAAGCGCACGGCCAUCCAGCACGCCUUCCGCUUGCUGAUCACCAGACAGAGGCCAUCUGGAAUUUCCUUCCAGCACUUUGAAGGGCUGCUGCGCUUCUACAAACCUCGGAUGUGUGCCAGGGAGAGAUAUCUCACUUUCAAAGCACUGAAUCAAAGCAAUACUCCUUUAAUCAGUCUGAAGGAUUUUUACAAUUUCUAUGAAGUUGUUGGCUUAAAAUGGAAGGCAAAACGAAAUCGUGAGCACUGGUUUGAUGACCUUCCACGGACAGCAUUCCUUAUUUUUAAAGGCAUCAACAUCCUGGUGAAGUCCCGUGCCUUCCAGUACACCAUGUAUACUGUGGUGGCUGUGAAUGGAAUUUGGAUUCUUGUUGAAACCUUCAUGCUGCAAGGAGGGAAUUUCUUCUCCAGAAAUGUCCCAUGGAGCUACGUAGUCUUCCUCACAAUCUAUGGUGUGGAGCUGCUCCUCAAGUCCACUGGACUGGGGCCUGUGGAGUACCUGUCCUCAGGCUGGAAUCUCUUUGACUUCUCUGUCACCCUUUUUGCAUUUCUGGGGCUCAUGGCACUGGCAUUUAACAUGGAGCCCUUCUACUUCAUCGUGGUCUUGAGACCCCUUCAGCUCCUGAGGCUAUUUAAAUUGAAGAAACGCUACAGAAAUGUCCUGGACACUAUGUUUGAGUUGUUCCCCCGGAUGGCCAGCCUGGGUUUAACCCUGCUGAUCUUCUACUAUUGCUUUGCCAUUGUUGGCAUGGAGUUCUUUGCUGGCGUGGUCUACCCAAACUGCUGCAACAGCACAAGCACAGUGGCAGAUGCCUACCGGUGGGUGAACCAUACAGUUGGCAACAAGACUGUGGUGGAAGAAGGUUAUUAUUAUCUCAACAACUUUGACAACAUUUUGAACAGCUUUGUGACCCUGUUUGAGCUGACAGUUGUCAAUGACUGGUACAUCAUCAUGGAAGGGGUGACAUCCCAAACCACCCACUGGAGCCGUCUCUACUUCAUGAUUUUCUAUAUUGUGACCAUGGUGGUGAUGACAAUCAUCGUGGCAUUCAUUCUGGAUGCUUUCGUCUUCCGUAUGAACUACACUCGGAAGAACCAAGACUCAGAAGAAGACAAUGGCAUUGUGCUGGAGAAGGAGAUCUCCAAGGAGGAAGUGGUUGGCAUCAUUGAGCUGUACAAGCGGAGCUCGGCUGCUGCUGAAGCAGCUCAGCUGCAGCAGAUUGUUCUGCAGAUGGACAAAUAUGGGCAAAUGUCAGCAGUGUUUCUGGGACGCAGAUCAAGAACCAAGAGUGAUUUGAGUAUGAAGAUGUACGAGGAGGAGAUCCAGGAAUGGUAUGAGGAGCAUUCCAGAAAAGAGGAAUCUCAGACACCCACUCAAGAGCCUGCAUCUGCUUCCAACAGCUCUCUGAAGCCCCGGAGCCUCCGACAACGUUCCCAGACUGUCAUUUAGGCUUUGCUGACUUGAGCCACCCUCUAUGCAAUAACCUGGAGUAUUCCUUCCCAGCCCAUGUGUUGGGACAGUGUACAUAGAUCCCUUCAGUGUAGGGUUUGAAUCUUUUCCCCUAGGCAGUGAAUCGCAGAAAAAAAAAACAAACAGCAAAGCAAACAUAAAUCCAGAGGUCCAGGGGACCCUGUGAGGCUGCUGUGCACAGGCUGAGCAUGCUGCCCAUGUUUAGCACAGAGCCAACACCUGGGGCAGAGCAGAGACCUUCCUCUGAGCCACUGCCCCACGAACACACCUGGGGGAAAGGGAAGUGGAAUCCACUAACAACAGGGAAUGCACUGAAGCCACCUGCUAAAUAGUAAAACUUUUGCCCUUUUUGAAGAUCUUUUUACUUAGAGGGUACCACUAACCUAGGAAUAAAAGAUCAGGGAGUGGAUUUCUGUUUCUUCUCCACCUUCCUUAUUCAAAGGAAGGGGAGGUGGCAUAAAAUUUCAGCACUUUUGGAAGAGCAGUCUGCUUUUCCCCUCCUCUUUGGCACACCUGGGUACACUCCCUGCAGCAGAUGAAGCUUUGAUUAUUGAAUUUUGCUGUCCCUGUGCAGUUCUGUGGCAGCUGGAGGCAGAACUGAGGGCCAGCAUCUUUUUGGGGAGAGGAAUUCUGUCUCUGAUGUAGCUAUGCAACAUCUGUGUCACUGCUGGUCAGUUCUGCCCAUGGGACUGGGAUUGCCUCUGUACCCCCCAAAACUCCUGUCCCUGCUCAGUGAGGGGGGGGAGGGAGGCUCUGCAGGGGGACAGUGGCCACUUGGGCCACUUGCUCUGUAAAUGGCAAAUCUCUGGCUGGUCUUUAGUUCAGAUACAUGAGUAGGAGGAAAAAAUGGAUGGAUCUGCAUCUAAGUGUGACUUCUGCCUGGCUGUGGGUUAAGGAGAGCUCUGGGCAUCAACCAGUGCUGCUGGUGAGUCCUCAGCCAGGCCAUUGCUUUGUACAGGUGUUGCUCCUCCCUUGCUCUCACCCUUGCAGAUGUCUUCCUCAGGCUGCCCAGUGCUGACUGAGUUGCAUCUUAGGAAGAUCCACUGAAGAGCUUUACUGUUCCUCUGAAAUUUGGAUGCAGAAGGGAUGUGGAAGAUGAUGAUUCUUCUCACUUGUCUGCUUUUCUGGGCAGCUCUGGGAGCUGAGAGAUGGAAAGGAAGAAGGGAAAAGGGAUCUGCCACGUUUAUUCUGUGAUCAUGGCAGGUUGUGCCAUCAUUCAUGUUUUGUUGCCCACAAUGUGAUAAGAACCUGUCUGUAGAUCCCCGUUUUUUUCCCCUGUCAGAAGUGCCAGUCAGCUGGGAGGCUCCCCUCACCUCUUGCUGUUUGAUCUUUUCUCAGGUUCAGACUAAGGGCAGAGCUGGCAGGAGACGCUUUCUCCCCCUCCAGCUAGACCAGGCAGUGGGAAAUGUGUGUGCCCAUUCCCUCUGUCCCCAUCCUGGAGUUUUCCUUGGAAGCCUCUCCACGUGGCACAAGGAGAGUGGGGAAGGACUGAUCCUCCCUGGGCAGCUCAGGAACAUUUCCUGCAUGGAUGAGGCUUUGAGAAGUGGGCAAGACAGAGCUGCUGCAGAAACCCCUGGCUCUGGGAUGGAAGGAGCAGGUGAGCAGCUGUUAGGGCAGCACACACCCCAGCCCUCUGCUCUUGCCAAAUUCCCUGAGUGCCUCAGGGUGAAUUCUUUCUUUCCUCUCUGGGUGCUGCAAGUGUGAAACUCUUCUGAGCUAAACCCUGAAGGACCUUCAAGGGCUGUUUUCCAAACCAUAAAUUCAGCCACAAAUUCUGAGCACUGCAGUCCUUGCUCUUGCAGGCACUCUGCAUGGAGAGUCACAGCCUGGGGGGUUUAUCCAGAUUAGUCCUGGGGCUGGAGGGGCUGGUGGUGAUUCUGUUUAAGUUGUGGGCAGGACAAAUGAGCAUUGUGAAGGUUUGGGGGGAAAAAAAAUGGGGCUGUGCUUAAACUUCACAUCCUCCUACAGCCUGUUUCUCCUUGCCAGUGACUUUUCCUAAGGGUUGAGGGGGGAGGGUGUUUUUUUCUGGUGUUUUUAAGGUGUGAAAGGAGCUGCAGCUUUAAGCUCUGUCCAGGGGUGUUGUCAUCUGCAAUAAUGGGGCUCUUGUGUCACAGAGCCAGGAAUGCUUGGGCCUGGAGUUCAGGUGCUGCUGCUUUUCACACUGAGGUGUUGAUCCGCCCCUAAUUAAUAAUGUAUUAAUUAUUUUUGUAAACCAAGGAAGGUCACAGAAGCUUACUUCUUCCAUGCAACUUUUGGAAGGAAACAAAGUUUGAGUACGGGGCAUCCCCUUGUAUUUAUCCUCCUCUCCCCCCCCAACCUGACACACAGACUAAUGAUAGAGACAAUCAUUUUGUAGGGAGCAAGGCAGGAAGCACUGCAGGAUUUUGUAUGCUGGCCUUUUGUUUAUAAAACGAUUUUAUGGACACGUCUGUAAAAUGUUCUCUAGUUUGUUUUGUUCUCUUUUGGUUUUUUCUAGCACACUAAUAAAAAGCAUCCUCAGCUUUGUAAA